AUGCGGACAGGUAGCGCCCCCAUCGGCUAUAAGUCUGACUAUGCAGUGUACGAAAUAGAGGAGUACUGUUGCAGGGGCGAGAUUGACGCGGGCCGUUGUAGAGCAAGCAACCCUUGGUUCAAAAAGACGUGUCCGACGGCGUACAGCUUUGCGUUUGAUGACAGAGACGCCACUUUCACGUGCAUCUUAAGCAACAUGACCAUUCAUUUUGAUUGUGUAGAUUCGGUGGCUCGAUAA